ACCUACGUGGACCUCCUGCAUCACUUUGAAGAUAAACUGAAGAGUUCUCGCAUCCAAGACUUUGUUGCAUCGGGGUUGGUAUUCAUUGAUCCUCCUGAAGCCUCUUCUACUUGCCCACCGGUAGUAGAACAUCUACCGAACAUUGAACAAUUCAUCAAUAUGGGUCGAUUCGCAAUCGAUGACGCACAUCCUGCAAAUUCUCAAAUGAUUGGCUAUGAGGAGUGGCUUUUCGAGUCGUAUCAAGUUGCCAAGGAUGGAUCAAAGCAUCCCGAUGUCGACAUUCGCCUUCGCUCAAAGGCUGCGCAAAAAGCACUUCGGAACGAGCUCGUCAUUAUUACAGAAUUAAAAUCUGCGGAGUGGAAGCGUCAG